AUGCCAUCUCGCGAUAAGUCCCAGCAUCACGAAAGAGCGAUCAAAGCCUUUGGCGAGAGCGGGGAGGACGAGGAUGACGGUCUUGACAUAAUCGAAACAUCGCGCAAAGGUCUAGACCUCUCGCAGUAUAUUGACGUCCUCACACAAAGCCAGACUCAGUCGCAGAGGGUAGCUGAAGAAUCAACAGACGACGAACAGGACGCGCGAAAGCCGGUGUUGUCACGAAAUAGAAAGACAUCUACUUCCGGUACUGACGAUGCUGAUUCAGAAGCUGAUUUGUUGGCUGAUGAAUUCGACACUGGUGCUGCCUACAAGCAGUACAAGGGCCGCAGAACUCACAACCGUAAGCGCGUCGCUGCCGAAACCAACAGGAUUCGUGCUGCAAAGAAGAGCAAAGCAUCGGCUGCAUCGAGUAUCGUCGGUCGAAAAGCUCAGCCUAAGAAAGACACGGGAUAUGGUCCGACGGGAUUCACUACCGACUCUUUGGGGGAUGAGGCAGGUCCUACACCUACUUUCCUGGACGACCCAAUCCCCGACUAUAUCAUCUCGCGACAGCGGUCACUAAAGAAGUUGCAUGAAGCUGGCCUGCGGUAUCCUCCUAGCUAUCGAAAGGUUGACUGGUCCGAUAUUGCCGACACCGAAGAGAAGCCAUUGCUUCACAAGGACAUCCUGCCGCAACGAGAGAAAAAGGACAUCGAACUUCGCCAGUCACAUGGUACCAUACCCGGGCCCAUCGCUCAAUGGCUGCGCGACUACCAAGUUGAAGGCGUCCAGUUCCUUCAUGACAAGUUCGUCAAGCAGACAGGUGCCAUACUUGGCGACGACAUGGGCUUGGGCAAGACCAUCCAAGUCAUCGCAUUUCUAACAGCAGCGUUCGGUAAAACGGGCACUGAGCGCGAUGCAGCCUGCAUGCGGAAGAUUCGUCGCUUACCCAAAGAACCAUGGUAUCCGCGAGUGCUCAUCGUGUGUCCAGGUACACUUAUGCAAAAUUGGGAAGACGAGCUAUCAAAAUGGGGUUGGUGGAACGUCUCCCGAUACCACGGCUCCAGUAUAGCCGACCGAAAGGGCGUUCUCGGUGCCGCAGCGAAGGGGUCGCUCGAAAUCAUGAUCACGACGUAUACGACAUACCGCAAUCACGAGAGCGAGAUUAACAUGAUUGACUGGGACUGCGUUAUCGCUGACGAGUGCCAUCAAGUCAAAAGUAAGAAUGCUGAGAUUACCAAGGCGAUGAAUAAGAUCAAUGCGUUGUGUCGUAUUGGUCUAACAGGCACGGCUAUUCAGAACAAAUACGAAGAAAUUUGGAACCUCCUCAACUGGGCACGACCUGGUGCAUAUGGCUCAGCACAAGAGUGGAAACAGAAGAUCAGCCUGCCGUUGAAGUUAGGCCAGGCUCACGAUGCUACCAACGCUCAGCUGGCCGACUCGCGAAGCAAGGCCCAAGACCUCGUUCAUAACAUCCUACCUAGUGUCUUUCUUCGGCGUAUGAAGACGCUUAUUGCUGAUCAAUUACCGAAGAAGAGUGAUCGCAUCAUCUUCUGCCAGCUCACCGAGACCCAGGCUGAUGCUUACCGAACAUUUCUCGAGAGCGACAGGUGUGAGAUGAUACGCAAUGCACGAGAAGAAUGCGACUGCGGAUCUAAGAAAGGUAGAGGAUAUUGCUGUCAUGUCGAAUUUGAAGGUGAGAAGUGGUCAAAUUACAUCUUCCCUGCCAUGAUCACAUUCCAGAAACUUGCGAACCACCUCGGUUUGAUAGUACCAAUGUCGAGCGAAAACCAAGAAAAGCAAGCUAAAGAUCUCCAAACACUGGAGAUAGCUUGUCCUGACACGUACAAGAAACUCUACGCGAUCCGCGACAACAUCUUGAGACAAUCCCAGCGAGAGUUUUGUGGAAAGUGGAAGGUGUUGCGGCGACUGCUCGACUUCUGGUACUCAAAUGGCGAUAAAGUCCUCAUCUUCUCACACUCGGUUCGCCUAUUGAGACUACUCAGGGGUCUUUUCGAUGUCGAUGGUACAAAGUACAACUUUUCAUACCUUGACGGCAGCAUGAAGUACGAAGAUCGCUCUCAGGCAGUCGCAGAUUUCAACACAGACCCCAAUCAAUUCGUCUUUCUAAUCAGCACCAAGGCGGGAGGCGUUGGUCUGAACAUCACCUCUGCCAACAAGGUCGUUGUAAUGGAUCCACACUGGAACCCAGCAUAUGACCUCCAAGCCCAAGAUCGCGCCUACCGUAUCGGCCAAACACGCAAUGUCGAGGUCUUUCGCCUAAUCUCAAGCGGCACGAUCGAAGAAGUAGUCUAUGCCCGUCAGAUUUACAAGCAACAACAAGCCAACAUCGGCUACAACGCCUCUGAAGAGCGCCGCUACUUCAAAGGCGUAAUGGACCAGUCCACCAAGAAAGGCGAGCUGUUCGGCCUAGAAAACCUCUUCACAUUUGAAGAACAUAGUGUACUUCUCCGGGACAUCAUGCAUAAGACCAACGUCGCAGAAUCAAAAGCCGGUGUCAAUGCCUACGACUUCCACGUCGAUGAGUCGCAAUUUGACAGCGAAGACGAGGACAUUCUGAGCAAUAAGAAUCUGGGCCUCGAUGACGACGCUAACAUCGCCGGUAUCAAGAGGUUUGCUGACUCAUUCUUGGCAAGUGCCAGUGCCAGGGGAAAGAAGGUUGUGAAAAGGAAUGGGCCGGAUCCGAUCAACGCAAUCUUAGCGAAAGCUGGUGUCCAGUACACACAUGAAAAUUCCGAGGUUAUUGGUCGCAGCGAGAUGGAAGCGAGGCUGGGCAAACGCGCACAGGAACUGCGUAACGAUGUUGAUCUGGGUAAUGAACGCGUGUUCCAGGGCACGCAGUCGCAAUCUCAAUCACAACCGCAACACCACUCUAGCCCUCUCGAUGACUCCAACGAUCUUGACGAUUCCGAGGCCGAUGACGACGAAGACGUUCAUAUCACGGGUAGUGCGACGAAAGGAGAAUUCAAGAUCAACUACAGGUACAGACCUAAUGAGCAGGUAAGAAAGAGGCAAUUUUGCAGUAUGGCGGAGAGUAUGGGGUUUGAUGACCCAGCAGAGUUUGCGCUACUGGUUGAGAGUAGUAGCCAGGAAGAGAGGAGGAAGAUGUUGGAGAGGUUUUAUCGCGGAAGGAGGAGGCAAAUCAUGGGGGACUUGAGUACGUCGAGUUGA